CAAACAAGCACACACACACAUGCUCACACGCUCACACACACACACACACACACACACACACACGCAUCAUUAAGUCGUGGCUGUGUUGUCUCCUGUCGUAGGGAAGAGUGCUCCCUACUGCGAGUUGUCCAUGGGCGCCCAGUGCUACACCUCUCGGCCUCACAGACACGCCGUCAACCCCAAGUGGAACUUCAGUUGUCACUUCUUCAUCAAGGACGUGUACCAGGACGUCCUGUGCCUCACGGUCUUUGAACGGGACCGGUUCUCCCCUGACGACUUUCUCGGCCGCACCGAGGUUCCCGUGGCGACCAUAAAGAAGGAGCAGGACCGACACGGGCCGUUGGUGCAACGGCUGCUGCUCCACGAGGUCCCGACGGGAGAGGUCAGAGUUCGCCUCGAUCUCCAGCUCUAUGAACAGGCGCUUCCCCUCUGACCUUCGGACUUCGUUCCGCCACGUUCGGCCCCUCAGCUCCGGACCGAGGUGACUUUCCGCGAUACGCCGUCCUGGAAUUCUGACACGUUUGUUCGCAAUGUUUCCGAACUUCGCCUCAGACGUCUACACAACUCUUCCCAAAAACUGGUGUGUGCUAGUCGUAGCAAAAAAUCUUUUUUUUCGCAUUGAUGCAAAAGUCGCAGUUAAUUUUAAAAAGACUGAGUGCAUGCAGACAACUGCAGUUUAGGAUUCAUAUGAGCUCAUGUGCUAAUGUGAUGCAAGUGAGAUAGAAAAUAAAAUAAAAUCUGUCACCACUUGGCUGUUGUGAGCCUUUAUGUUUUGAAACUCUUCCUCCUGUGGUCUUCGCCGGAGUGUUUAAACUGUAAUUAUUUGUUUA